GGAAAGUGAAGGAAACAUAGGGAAAAUUUUGGGAAGAUCUCUUCAGGGAAGAAAGCGAGACAGCAUCUGCGUUAUUUUCUCCGAGUUCUUCCACAUACACAGCAGUUUCUUUUUCGGGCAUUAAUAAGGAACAAUGAAUGCUAAAACCAAGAGGAGAACAGUAACAGAGAAUGGGGAUGUGGGUGAUGACACGAUCCUUGCAACAUUGAUUGGUAAUGGUGAGGAUUUGGGUCCUAUGGUCAGGCAUUCUUUUGAAAUGGGGAAACCUGACGCCCUCUUGCAUCAGCUUAAGAAUGUCAUGAAGAAGAAGGAGGUUGAAAUAGAGGAGCUUUGCAAGCUCCACUAUGAAGAAUUUAUUUCUGCAGUCGACGAGCUUCGUGGUGUUCUGGUUGAUGCUGAAGAGCUGAAAAGUGAACUUGCCAGUGAUAACUUCAGGUUACAGGAAGUUGGGAGUGCACUUCUUUUGAAACUUGAAGAACUCCUUGAAUCUUAUUCGAUUAAGAAGAAUGUAACUGAAGCCAUUAAGAUGUCGAGGAACUGUAUUCAGGUGUUGGAUCUUUGCGUGAAGUGUAACAAUCAUAUUUCUGAAGGUCAGUUUUACCCUGCUCUGAAAGCUGUUGAUCUGGUUGAGAAAAAAUAUUUGCAGCAUAUUCCUGUUAAGGCACUCAAGAUGCUGAUAGAGAUAAGAAUACCAAUAAUAAAAUCCCACAUAGAGAAGAAGGUCUGUAGUGAAGUUAAUGAAUGGUUAGUUCACAUAAGGAGCACUGCAAAGGAUAUUGGGCAAACAGCAAUGGGCUAUGCUGCCUCGGCCCGUCAGAGGGAUGAGGAUAUGCUAGCUCGUCAGAGGAAAGCUGAAGAACAGAGCUAUUUGGGGUUAGGAGGGGAUUUUACUUAUACUUUAGAUGUUGAAGAAAUUGACGAAAAUUCUGUUCUUAAGUUUGACCUUACACCUCUUUAUCGGGCGAAUCACAUCCACAAUUGCCUUGGAAUCUUAGAGCAGUUUCGAGAAUACUACUAUAAGAAUCGAUUAUUGCAGCUGAGUUCAGACUUGCAAAUCUCCUCGGCGCAACCAUUUAUUGAAUCCCAUCAGACCUAUUUGGCUCAAAUUGCGGGGUAUUUUAUAGUUGAGGAUCGGGUCUUAAGGACUGCUGGUGGGCUACUCUUGUCUAAUCAGGUUGAGACGAUGUGGGAAACAGCUGUGGGUAAAGUGACUUCGGUAUUGGAGGAGCAAUUUUCUCACAUGGAUGCUGCGAGCCAUCUUCUCCUGGUCAAGGACUAUGUUACUCUUCUUGGGGCAACCCUUAGACAAUAUGGAUAUGAAGUCGGUCCCAUUCUUGAGACUCUCAACAGUAGCCGUGAGAAAUAUCAUGAGCUUCUUUUAGCAGAGUGCCGGCAACAAAUUACUGAUGUCCUUGCCAAUGACACGUGGGAGCAAAUGGUAAUGAAAAAGGAGUCAGACUACCAAGCAAACGUCCUGUUGUUCCAUAUUCAAACGUCAGAUAUAAUGCCAGCUUUCCCAUAUAUUGCUCCAUUCUCUUCCAUGGUACCUGAUUGUUGCCGUAUUCUUAGAUCAUUCAUCAAGGACUCAGUUAGUUACUUGUCUUGUGGGGGCCAGAUGAAUUUCUUUGAUUUCGUGAGAAAGUACCUAGACAAGCUUUUGAUUGAUAUUUUAAAUGAAGUUAUACUGAACACAAUUAGCAGUGGUACCACUGGCGUAUCUCAGGCAAUGCAGAUUGCUGCGAACAUAGCUGUUCUUGAAAGAGCUUGUGAUUAUUUUCUUCAACAUGCAGCCCAACAAUGUGGGAUCCCAGUCCGAUCAGUUGAAAGGCCUCAAGCUAGUUUGACAGCCAAGGUUGUUCUUAAAACUUCAAGGGAUGCAGCUUAUCUUGCACUCCUAAGUUUGGUUAACUCCAAGUUGGAUGAAUUCAUGUCACUUACAGAAAACGUGAAUUGGACUUUGGAUGAUACACCCCAGAAUGGAAAUGAAUAUGUAAAUGAGGUGGUUAUUUACCUUGAAACUCUGAUGUCCACUGCCCAGCAAAUUUUACCUCUGGAUGCUUUGUAUAAAAUUGGGAGUGGGGCUCUUGAGCAUAUAUCUAGCUCUAUUGUGGAAACUUUUCUUAGUGACAGUGUAAAGAGGUUCAGUGCCAAUGCAGUUAUGGGGAUCAAUUAUGAUCUUAGGACAUUGGAAUCCUUUGCAGAUGAGCGCUUUCACAGCACCGGCUUGAGUGAGAUAUACAAAGAAAGCAGUUUCCGAGGCUGCUUGAUAGAAGCAAGGCAAUUGAUAAACCUUCUGUUGAGCAGUCAGCCUGAGAACUUUAUGAAUCCUGUGAUACGGGAGAAAAACUACAAUGCUUUGGAUUAUAAAAAGGUGGCUACUAUCUGUGAGAAAUACAAGGAUUCCCCUGAUGGACUUUUUGGCAGCCUUUCAAAUAGAAGUUCGAAGCAGAGUUCUCGAAAGAAGUCGAUGGAUGUGUUAAAGAGAAGACUCAGGGAUUUCAAUUGAGGGAGCUUGAAAAUCUAUUUGAAUAAAAGUAGUUGAAUAUUUUAUUUUUUCUUUUCCUGGAGUGAAAUGGGUUCUUUAAUAUUUCUGCAUAAUUGUUUCUCUAAAUAAAUGUUUUUCAUAUUGCUUCCCCUCGGGUUGCAUCAUUUUGCCAUUCAAUGUGUUACUUCUGCAAUUUGAACUUCUCUAUCUCUGUCCCCAUUGUAAUUAAGAAUUGCAGCUAUAUCCGGGAAA